AAAAAUGUGCUAUCUAUCAUUUAAUGACUGGGGUACCUCUAGCUGAAUAUCACACAAAGUUAUAUGGUUCACCCUUGCUGCUGUAUAUGAUUUACUGAGGGGACCAUGCAUUUAGGGACAGUGGCAUAAUCAUAGUACUAGUAGUACAAUAUAAGCAAAACUUCACAACAUAGACAAAUUAAGAUUUUUCAUCCUCAAGUCCACUGCAAACAUAACAAACCAUCAUGGGAUCUACUACAGAUAAUAGGCUACAAGAACUCAAAGCUUUUGAUGAAACAAAAGCUGGUGUUAAGGGCCUUGUUGAUAAAGGUAUUCUCAAAAUUCCAACCUUUUUUCAUCAUCCACUUGAUAAGUUUUUAAAGGCCACAAAUUCAACCAACACACAAUACACUAUUCCUGUUAUAGAUUUUACAAAUAUUGGUAAAGAUCCAAAUACAAGGCAAGAAAUUAUAAGCAAAGUAAGGGACGCUUCUGAGGCAUGGGGUUUCUUUCAAGUGGUUAAUCAUGGUAUUCCUUUGAAUGUUCUUCAAGAUAUGAAAGAAGGUGUCCUUAGAUUCUUUGAACAAGAUACUGAAGUGAAAAAAGAGAUGUAUACUAGAGAUCAAACAAGGCCUUUUAUUUAUAAUAGUAAUUUUGAUUUGUAUAGUUCACCAGCACCUUAUUGGAGGGAUACUUUUAAAUGUCACCUUGCUCCUAAUGCUCCCAAACCAGAAGAUUUGCCAAUAGUAUGCAGGGAUAUUAUUCUAGAAUAUGGAGCACAUGUAAUGAAACUUGGAAUUACACUCUUUGAAUUACUAUCAGAAGCCCUUGGAUUGAAUCCAAACCAUUUAAAAGACAUGGAUUGUUGUAAGGGGAUGACUUUACUUGGCCAUUACUAUCCUGUUUGUCCUGAACCAGAAUUAACUAUGGGAACCACCAAACACUUUGAUAGUAGUUUUCUCACAGUGCUUCUCCAAGAUUAUAUUGGUGGCCUUCAAAUUUUUCACCAGGACAGGUGGAUUGAUAUACCAUCAAUACCUGGGGCUUUUGUUGUUAACUUUGGUGAACUUUUGAAGCUUAUAACAAAUGACAGAUUUCAGAGUGUUGAACAUAGAGUACCGGCAAAUAGCAUUGCUCCAAGAAUAUCUGUUGCAUGUGUUUUAAGGACAGAUCUUAGAGCACAGGAAAAGCUCUAUGGACCUAUAAGAGAAUUAUUAUCAGAAGAUAACCCUCCAAGAUACAGAGAAACCACUUUUGGUGAUUAUAUGGCCUAUUUCAAUGCUAAAGGGCUUGAUUUUCAAGCUUUGAGUUGGAUAAUCUGGAUUGAGCUGGUUUAUAUAUUAAGCAUGAUAAACAAAAUAGAUAAUUUGGAAAAAUAAUAAUAAUUUCCAUGUUCAAUACGAUUGUUAUAGUUUUAUUCUUGGAGUUGAAAUGUGUAUUUUACUUAUGUCUCACAAAUAUAUUGCUAAGUACAUUAUCAUGUGAAAUGAAGCCACGCCAAGUAGAUUUA